AUGGAUGAGUUCGGAUUUGAGAAUGCUGCCGAUGACAAGGACAGCCCGCAAAAAGGCGGCCACACUCUCCGUCGGCGUGCCCGUGUUGACUACACAUUUGAGCACAUCGACGACGAGGUUGUUGUCCCCAGCUCAACAUCGUCAACGCGCACUAGGAAGCGCAAAUCCGACAACAGCUAUGACUCGGAGGAAGUGAAUGCUCAGAAUAUCGGCCGCAGACGCGCCUCGCUUGAUGCGGACACGCCUUCGUCACGCCGCCGCAAUCCUGCCCGCAAGUCUUCUGCCGAGGUGGCCACCUACAUUGAAGAGCCAGACGAGGAAGAAGGCAACGUCCAAGACACUAUUGAAGUCGAAGUCACUGGCUCGUUAUCGGACGGUGAUCAUCCCACUUCUGCUGCCCCCGUCUCCCGCUCACCAAAUGCUACUGGCCAAGACCCCCAGCCGCCCAAAAGCGCCAUGGUCCCAUCUGCAGAGCUUGAGAGGCCUGCAGAGGACUCAUCGCUAGCUUCCAACGCCAAAGAAAAUUCUUCGCGCUGGCGGAUCAAGAUCAUGCCUCAAAAAGGGCCACGUAUACGGCUCACGCACAAGUCUCCAGGCUCUAACAGCCGAGACUCCUCGCCAUCCGAAGCCGUCGCGCCCGCUUCUGCUGAGCCUGAGAGAUCUGCCCUGGGCGAAACCCCAGGCAAGGCUGAGACUAGUACAGCUGUACCUGAUGCCGCAAAGUCUGAGCCCCAGGAUGAAGAUGGCGAAAAGCCAGAGAAGCAGCUGCUACAAGAAGCAAGCGCUGCGCCGAACGGUGCCGGCUCCAAUGCUGAAGAGGCUGAUGAACCAGAAAAGAUAAAUGGGAUGGCGGUAUCUGAGCAAUCAUCUACGCAGCAAACGCUGGACGCAGAUGUCGCUCAGGAGGAAUCAAAAGCAGUGUCGGCAAAGGAGGAGGCCGUUGACGAAACGGCUGCCUUGGAUGGUGGCGCUAAUCGUGAUACGCCGAUUACCCAUCUUGAUGCCGAUGCGGUUGAGAAACCCGAGGGUCAAGACAAUGCCGCCACUUCUGCCUCUGCGAUUGACGCGCCGCAAAAAGAUGUUGCAAAGCCUUCCUCCCCAUCGUCGCAGGUUCAGAAGCAGCUUGAUGAAUCCCCCAACGAAGCUACUGUUGGCGUCAAGAUGGAUCCCGAUGUCGAAGGAGAUGCCGAUGUCGAAGAUGCCGAUGAUGAUGGCAAACCCGGGGAUGAGCCUAUGGAAGACGAGCCACAGGCAGAACCCGCGGAGAUCAGUAAUACUCCAACCCCGGCAUCAGAAAUUAAAGAAGCUCCAGCUUCUCUACAGGCGGGCUCUGAUACCGCAAUGGAGGGUAUCGUCGCCACCAAGCCCGAGAGGAAGCCCUGCCCCCCACAAGAUCUUGCGCCCCCUGCUCUUGUAUCGCGGCCUCAGCCGACUCCUGCCGGCCGUUGGGCCUAUCUGACCCCUUACGUCGACGGGGAAUACGUUACGUACCCGGAGAAAAAGGAGUCUUCCCCCGAGGAGGAGACUCCUACAGAUGAGCCCAUGCCGGAGGACAAAGAUGCCGACAAGGACUCGAACGGCAUGGAGCCCAUAGUCGACGAUAACGAAGACGCUCCGGACGCUUCUCAGCUUGAGGUACCGACCCCGGCGUUAAAUACGCCUACCAGAGGCUCGCCUGUGCCUGAGUCUAUGGAGCCUACCGCAUCGAACUCGCCCGCUCAAGCUGCGGACGAAGCAGAUGAUGGUGACGUUUCUGACUCUGACGACGUCGAAGUUCGGCGCUUCUUCCGUUACAGAAAGCUACGGGACCCUGAGGACUUUGUUUCGGCCAUAGAAAAGUUCGAGGACAUGUCGACAACAGACUUGUAUGAGCUAGUCGGGGCUAUGAAUGUAUCUCUGGUGCAAUGGCAGACUGAGUGGACCUCGCUCGGCAAAAUUGUUGACGAUUAUGAGAAUGCUCUCCGGCGUCGACUUGCCGAUUCGAAAUACGAGUCACGCACGCGCAAUCUUCAUCAGCACGGCAUCAAUUACGAAGAACCGGAGUUCGUCGUCAAGGGAUACAAGGCCAAGGAGAAGGAGAUUAUGAGCGAAACUCGUUACCUUCAAGGCCAGGAUCGUAUCAUGGCGGCUGCAUAUGGCUUCGAAUAUGAUCCCCACCCGUCCAAGAUUGGUCGGCAAAAUCCCGAGACGCAACAGGCCGGCAUCAUGACACGUGGACGCUCACUCCGAAACCAACCUAGGCAGACGGCAAAGGCGACUGAAACCGACGAAGUGACGGGCAAACGAACCCGUAAGCCUGUCCAGCUAUUUGACCCCGCCGCACAAGAUAUCAGCCGCAGCUCGACUCCAGUUCCGACUAGAGGCAAGAGGCGGAGGAACGGAAACGGUGACGAUGAUAUGGUCACGUCUAGCUUCAACGGAGACGCCACUUCGGAUGUGGAUGAACCGCCGUCGAGGACGAAGCGCCGUCGCGCUGGCCGUCCGCAGACUUCUGCGCCGAACAUGGGUGACGAUUCGGGUGCUUCUCAGGAUCCCUCACAGGAUGCUGAUGAGACUGCGCGUCCAAGCCGUCGGGGUCGCCAUCGGGCUGCCAUCCGAUACGAUGAUGGCUUUGCAGAGCAGGAAGUGGAUGACGAACAGCAUCCAAAGCUGCCCAAACGACAUAUUCUCACGCUGAAGAUCCCACGCGGCAAAAAUUUCAGCGAACCGUCGUCUGCAAUCACCGACAAUGGCGACUCGCGGCCGUCCACCGCGGACUCGGAGUCGAGUUCCCACACAGCCGAAUCAUCGUACUCCUUCCGGCCCAAGAGACAGAAGCGAUUCCGUGACGAGGAGGAAGCCGAGGCUGCGGGCCAGGGUCCUCCCAAGAAACGGGGUCGCCGUGUCACCGACGAUGCGGGUUCCAUGGCUGCCUUCCCUACUGGAGACGUCUCGCCUGCCGCAGCUCGCAAAACCCCAAAGAUCAAGGUUGUUCGUGCGGCUCAGACUCAAGCAAGCCGCACAGGAACACCUUCGUCAGUGGGUGGCGAUGCAGACGAGCCGCGCAAGGACUACAAGCUGAUGACCAAGUCGGAGAAGAUGUCUGCGUCGAUGAAGAGUCGCUGGGCAAAUGGCAACAUGGCCGGCGCCGUCGAGAAACGAAAAGCGACGCUCGCCGCCAAGAAGGCCGCCCAGGCUGCUGCCGACCAGAAGUCAGGGACAACGACGCCCAAGGGUAGCAAGGUCAAGCCAAAGAAGGAUGGCCCGCCGCGGCAAGACUCGCAGCCGUUGCCGCCGAGCACCCCCGGUAUGGGAUAUCCCUUCUCGGCUGCCCCGAAUGAGGCGUAA